CUAUGUCUAUGUGCUUUUUUAAAGGUUAUCACCCCAAUGACAACUAGGAAUAAUUUUUUUGACCAUUUUCCGACAGUGUAUUAAUAUAUUCUGUACAUUGACUGCAUACUACAGUUUAGUUCUUUAUACAUUGCAACAGCAUGAAGCAUAUUAUCCUAAUAUUUGGGCGGCCUUUGCAGCUGCACGAGUGUUGUCAAUAUUGAUCCCGGGGCUACACGAGUGCAGUAUUGAUCUGUCAGGCAGACAUUUAAUAGACUGAGUUGCACAAACCAGACAAUCACUGCAGCCCAGUUAUCAGCAUACAUGAAUAGCUUAUUUUACUUCUUUGAACUAUUUUUAUGAUUGAUUGUAUUAGGAUGAGUGCGUUUCGAAGUGAGGAGAUGUGCCUCGCGCAACUGUUUUUCCAAACUGAAUCUGCACACAACUGCAUCAGUGAGCUUGGGCAUCUUGGACUGGUUCAGUUUAAAGAUCUGAAUCCUGGUGCAACGACAUUUCAGAGGCGAUUUGUGAAAGAAGUGAAGAAAUGUGAAAAGAUGGAGAGAAUUUUGAGAUAUCUCGAGAAGGAAAUGGUGAAAUCUAACAUUGUUAUUGCGGCUCAGAAGAAGGAGAAGGAGAUUGUCCCCUGUCCCAGAGAUGUGCUGGAGUUAGAGUUCACGUUUGAGAAGUUGGAGCAGGAACUGAGAGAAAUCAACCGUAACCAUGAUGCCCUCCGCCAGAACCUCGUCGAACUCAUGGACAUGGAUUCUUUGUUAAGGAUGACUGAGGACUUCUUUGAAGAGGCUGAAUCUCUGUUGUCCUGUUCUGAACCUCCUUCAGAAGACUCAAUGUGCAUGACCGUCACAUCACGCAUCAAUAGUCGCAGAAACAGCAACGUUAGCACCGGUGGACUUCUGCAUCUAGGAUUUAUAGCAGGUGUUAUCAAACAAGAACGGUUUCCUGCUUUUGAAAAGGUUCUUUGGCGCCUUUUCCAUGGAAAUUUUGUUCUUCGACACGCAGAGAUACAGGCCACUGAAGAGCUUCAGACAAAGCAGAGGGGACCCGCGAAGAAAGAUGUGUUCAUUAUAUUUGUCCAAGGAGAUCAUGUGCGGGAAAAGAUUCGAAAAGUGUGCGAUGGCUUUCAUGCAAGUCUGUAUUCGUGCCCAAAUACAAUGCAUGAGCGCAAGGAGAUGAGCAGCAACAUCGUGUUGAGAAUGGAGGAUCUUCGAAUGAUCCUGAGAAGAACCGAGGAGUAUCGCGCCGGGGCCUUGAUCAAAGCAGCGGAUCACAUCCACGAGUGGAGCGGUAAAGUGAAGAAGAUGAAGGCCAUCUACUACACAUUGAACCUCUGCAACAUAGACAUCACACAGAAGCUGAUCGUAGCUGAGAUCUGGUGUCCUGUGUCAGAUCUCACAUUAGUUCAGAACGCCCUGAUUAAAGGAUCUGAGCAGAGCGGUUCUGGUGUGACUCCAGUUCUGAACCGCAUACAAACUCAACAAAUUCCACCAACCUUCAACAGAACAAAUAGCUUUACUGAGGGGUUUCAAACAAUUAUUGAUGCCUAUGGGGUCGGUACCUAUCAGGAGAUCAAUCCAGCCCCAUACACAACUGUAACCUUUCCCUUCCUGUUUGCUGUGAUGUUUGGAGAUUGUGGUCAUGGUCUAGUGAUGACACUGUUAGCGGUGUGGAUCAUUACACAGGCCGAAUGUUUUCGGAAGUGUAAAAAUGAGCUUACAGAUGUCCUGGUUGGAGGACGGUACAUUAUUUUGCUCAUGGGAAUGUUCUCCAUUUACACUGGCCUGAUUUACAAUGACUGCUUCUCAAAGUCCUUCAACAUUUUUGGUUCUUCCUGGUGUGUUCGGCCCAUGUUUCAGCCUCACGGACCAUGGCACAAUGAGACACUGCAUGCUUGUGACCAUCUUCAACUGGAUCCAGUUGUGCCCGGGGUUUAUUCUGGUGACCCAUAUGUGUUUGGAAUUGACCCGGUUUGGAACAUUGCAUCAAAUAAGCUGACCUUUUUGAACUCCUUCAAAAUGAAGAUGUCUGUGAUAUUGGGAGUCAGUCAUAUGCUUUUCGGUGUGAUCCUGAGCUUGGUAAACUAUGUAUAUUUCCGAAACUUCCAGGAUAUCUUGAUUGAGUUUGUUCCACGCCUGAUAUUCAUGCUUUCUCUCUUUGGAUACCUGGUGUUCCUCAUUCUUUACAAAUGGUGCAUUACUGUCCGAUCUGACGUGGCUCCCAGCAUUCUCCUGCUCUUCAUUAACAUGAUGCUGUUUGAUUAUCAGUCUCAUCAGUAUUACCUUUAUAAAGAACAGAAAGCCGUACAGAUCUUCCUGGUUGUGACAGCGGUUCUGAUGGUACCUGUACUGCUGUUGGUAAAGCCUCUUCUCAUCUACAGGACCCAAAUGAAAACUAAACAGCAGGUGUUUGGAAAUUCUGUGAAUGAUCAACACGGGGUAGAUACACGAUCUUCCUUUUCCCAACAUCAGAGAGAUGAGACGGUGGGUAUGUGUGACGUCUUUGUGUAUCAGGCCAUUCACACCAUUGAGUUCUGUCUGGGCUGCAUUUCCAACACGGCCUCUUACCUGCGCCUCUGGGCUCUCAGUCUGGCUCAUGCAGAGCUGUCAGAGGUUCUUUGGCGGAUGGUUCUACAGGUGGGACUGAGGUUCUCCUCUGGUAUGGGUUCUCCUCUCACUCUGGCACUGCUCUUUGCGGCUUUCGGGAUUCUGACAGUGGCCGUUCUUCUGGUUAUGGAGGGUCUUUCUGCUUUUUUGCAUGCUUUACGGCUACACUGGGUUGAAUUUCAGAACAAGUUUUACGAGGGAUCCGGCUACAAGUUCACACCCUUGUCCUUCGACCGCCUGUUAAAAACACAUCAGGAAUAGUGCUUAUAUUAUAUAUUGUUAUGUGUGCAUUUCUCUCUAUAUAUAUUCUAUAUAUUUUUACAGAAAGGAUCACAUAUGGUCUAAUAACGCUUUAUAUUACACAUUGCAAAUGCACAGUUUUCAUGCUACAAACAUAAAACAAGCAACAUAAGUGUUAUAAAGGAGUAGCGUUUAGU